AGUGCAUUGGACAAGUGUUGAGUGUUGAGCAGAAUUGUCGAGUUGCGGAUCUGACCAAGAACAUAAUCUACGUUUAUUCAUCAAUAUUUAUAAGAACCAAAAUUUUUACGCCUCUACUUAUUUUUAAAAUUAAAAAUUUGCUGCCAAAAUCGUGCGAAAUGCAAGUGCUUAUCGUUUGGAAAUAACAAAACUAACAACGUAAAUCAGAAAUAAUGGCUAAUCAUUACGAAGUGCCUAGCUGGGCUGGCAAACCACCGGUUGGUUUGCAUUUGGAUGUUUUAAAAGGUGAUAAGUUAAUUCAGAAAUUGAUGGUGGAUGAGAAGAAAUGCUAUCUAUUUGGUAGAAACCAACAAAUGAAUGAUUUUUGUAUCGAUCAUGCUUCAUGUUCACGUGUUCAUUCUGCUCUGGUUUAUCAUAAACAUCUUCAGAGAGCAUUUUUAGUGGAUCUCGGAAGUACUCACGGAACUUAUAUUGGCAAUAUGAGACUAGAUCCUAAUAAGCCAACACAAUUACCUAUCGACAGCACUUUUCACUUUGGAGCUUCGACAAGAUACUAUAUCAUCCGAGAGCGGCCACAGUCUGGUGCAAGACCGAUUAUCGAAGAGCUAGAGAAAUCUGCCGAGGACAAUGAUGCUGGUGGUUUGCUCGGAUUGCCAGAGACAGAGACUGAACUUGACAAUUUGACAGAAUUUAAUACUGCACAUAAUAGGCGUAUUUCCAUGUUGGGAAUCACCGAUGAUGACGUUCAUAAGGCAACAAGAAAAAGAAAAAAGAAAGGCAUCACAUUCAAUGACGACGAAGAAGUUAUCAACCCUGAAGAUGUCGAUCCAUCUGUGGGUAGAUUUCGGAAUCUUGUGCAAACAACCGUAGUUCCUAGCAAACGAAUGCGAAUGGAAGGUGGCCUGAUAUCUUUGUCCGAAGAGAGCCAUAACAUGAUGAAGCAUCUACAGCCUAGUUCCAUAAUCCCUCAAUUAUAUCAUGAUUUACCUCCGGAACAGUUCUCAAAUGCACAUUCAUCAAUGGCCAGUAACCCUUUCAAUACGGCUCUUACGUCAUUGACCUCCCGCCUUGGUAUAGCUUUACCAAAUCCAGCCCCUGAAGUAGAAAUGGCACCUCACCAAAUGCAGGCUGAAGUUCAGCACAUUCCAGAUAUAUCCGGAUCUUCUGAACCACAUUCGCUGGAGCCUAAAAAGAAAAAAUAUGCCAAGGAGGCUUGGCCUGGUAAAAAACCGCUGCCCACUCUUCUGGUGUAAUAUCUGGUACUACGAAACUCGGCUAUCUCAGACUAGUACUUCAGAGCAAUUGAUAAUCAACUAAAUGUUUUCCAAAAAGCAGCUGCCCAGAAACUAUUUUUCUAUGACAUCCUCAGGUAAGCUGAUACAAGCAAAAUGAAUAUCAAUGCUUCCAAAUUAAACAAAGCGGUACUUAUCUGCAGCGAUUGUUUUCAGUCAAGCGUGAUUUCGUAAUCCAUUUACCAGAUGAUAUCAAGUAUAUUUGCGUGGUGUGUCAGAGUUUUAAAUAAUCUUUU